GAUUUUUGCGGCUGUUGUGCUCUUAUAGCCCAAUUAGCUUUUUAGCUCUCGCGGUCGUCAAGGCUCCGAAGCGGCCUCUGAGCACACCUCAAGCCGCGUUUGUCGCCUUCUUCCCGGAGAGAUCGGAUGCUAAUCGCGGCUAGCCGCCCCCGAUGAGGUGUGGACAGUCACGUGACCGACCACAACAUAUUUUUUUACAGGGCAAUUUAGGUUUUUUUGGAAACGGCGAUACUAAUCUGAUGUGAACGCUACUUUAUAUUUUAAUUCACACUUUAUUGUAAAGGAUAAGUUUUAAAAGUACAUUAUUGAGCAUUUACUCACAGCAGCACUUUCGUCUUGAGUUACUUUUAUUUAGAAGUGUUCCCGAAUCGGCACUUUCGUCACUCUCACAGAUGAGUAUACUUACUAAAGAAUUGUACUUAUUUUGUGUUUUUAUAUUGCGGUUUGUAACCUGUCGAUUUUUAAAGAAGUAAUAAACACUCGAAUCAUGUGAAUCAAAGCACAUAACAGGGUUAAUAGAGAGGAAAACGAGACAUUCGUACAUUCAUUUACGACAAGAUACAUGGCAGGAAUGAUGUUUUUUUUUUUUUUUUUAAUCAUUUAGCUUGUUGCAGUGUGAUAUUUUUCGAUGACAGUGGUCUUCAUUCACCCUUUUCAAUCGCUGUGCGUUGUUUUAGCGAAAAAAAAGAAGUCCUGCUUCGUUGGCAACGCAAAUAACAGACGGCACAUGGAUCCUGGUCUGUCCCAGUUGCCAUUUACGCACCAUUUUCUUGACUUCCCGGCCAAUCGUGUGCCACGAAGUUGCGUUAACGCCCGCCCCAUCUUCCCCGGUAGCCAAUUGGGUGUUCCUGUCAGACAGCAGCACUUCCUCCUUUUCCCAAAGCACGUUGUUAGCACUUGUUCAAAGUUUAUCAAGAAGUUCUUUUCGACUUUUGAAAUUCCACAUUUUCGUAUAGUUAUGCCAGCUCCAAGUGAAAACACUCUUUUCGGGAUGGGCAAUCCCCUUCUGGACAUUUCUGCUGUGGUGGACAAAGACUUCCUUGAUAAGUACGGGUUGAAGCCGAACGACCAGAUCCUUGCUGAGGACAAACACAAGGCAUUGUUUGAAGAAAUCGUCAAGAGGAGGGAAGUUGAAUAUCACGCCGGCGGUUCGACGCAGAACUCUGUGAAAAUCGCUCAGUGGAUGAUCCAGAAGCCCCACAAGGUGGCGACCUUCUUCGGCUGCAUCGGCACCGACCGCUUCGGCGAGAUCCUCAAGAAGAAGGCCGACGAGGCGCACGUGGACGCCCGCUACUACGAGCAGAGCGAGGAGCCCACCGGCACCUGCGCCGCCUGCAUCACCGGCGACAACCGGUCCCUGGUGGCCAACCUGGCCGCGGCCCAAUGCUACAAGAAGGAACAACACCUGGACCUGGACAGCAACUGGGACCUGGCGACCAAAGCCAAAGUCUACUACAUCGCGACGCAGACCGUCCGAGCGUAUUAUUAGUCCCGCGCCGAGUUUGACAGCCUUCGCACAAUAUUGCGCAAGAGCGCUCGCCUCACCUUCUCCCGCUGCGUCAACGUAAUCUGCCAGACGGGGAGAGUAUUUGCGAGGAGGGGGCAGCGCGGCGCGACUACAUUUCAAGGUGGGUGGAGAAACGUGUAUCAAAUUAACUCUUUGGGGCCUCCGAGCAAUCACGGCUUUGUUGUUUUAGGCUCUCGGGCGACGCCAAACCGGAUUGGACGGCUCGGCCAAUUACCUGUAAUUUUCCGUGCGGCCGCCAACACUGGACCACUGUCUGCCCGCCGCUCCCGUCGCGGCGUUCGACCUCACGUGACCCCCGCGGACUCCUUGGCAUCCGUGGCGGUUAGCGCCUUUUGGAAAUGUCCACUGAAAGUCGAAACCCGGGGGCAGUUAUUCACUCCACCGCGCGCGCAUUUUCCACCAUCGAUGUCAAGUGAUUUAACGGCCGCCAUUUUGUUCCAUCCUUAUCCUCGAUACGCACCGCAGGGCUUAUAAUACCGUGCGUAUUAGCGGUGAUAUUUGCUUACCGCCCCAAUUAUCCAUAGUCUACCAUGUGAUCUAACAACGAUAUGCUUCAAAGGGACAUUAUUUAAUUUUUCAUUUACUGUAAAUAUGUUUAGAUGUGUAUGAAUAGAAUACAAAAGCAUUGAUAUUGAUACACAUCACGAUAUUGGUACUUUGUCCCUUACCUAUUAUGGAUAUUGCAAAUGCUAAUGACAAAUAUGGAUAUCUUUCCCAUUCCCCGUAUCAAUAUUGUAUCGGUACUGUAAUUUUAACUCUCAUGAUAUGAAACAUACAGUAAGUAGUGAUGUCUGUACUUAUUUCCAUCCCUUAUUAAAAAAAAACCAAACAAACUCAACAAUGUACACAUUGAUAUUGAAAGUGUUCCCCCCCGAGUAUCGAUAUUGGACUACAAGACAUGAUAAUAGGAUAUAUGCCGAUGUCAAUAUUUUUGUUUUUGACAUAUCAUUAUUGUACCAGGAAAGCCAGCAACACGAUACACCUUGGUAUUGAUAUUACACGACCCCAUAUAUAGAUACUGAACUGAGCUCUUGAUAAUAUUAUCCAUAGCGCGAUCAAUAUUUUAGUCCGGCACGUUGUCAUUGUACUGUGAAAUCUAAGAAUAGGACACAUAU